UUUUGCUGCUUUUCUGACAACAAAAAUCGUGUCUUUUCACGGGAAAACUAAAGAAAUUGGUAUAGGAUUAGUAAAAUUGUGGUGUGUUAUCUAUUUAUACUAAUCCAGGAUCACAUAUAAAAAUACGAAAAUGGCAGCGAGCGAUUCCGGGACAGAUGAGUCACUUUAUCCUAUUGCUGUCCUAAUCGACGAGCUCAAAAAUGACGAUGUACAGCUCCGAUUGAAUUCUAUCAAGAAAUUAUCCACUAUUGCUUUGGCUCUUGGCGUGGAAAGAACAAGAUCUGAAUUGAUCCCUUUUUUAACUGAAACAAUAUAUGAUGAAGAUGAAGUACUCCUUGCACUUGCUGAACAACUCGGGAACUUCAUCAACUUGGUUGGUGGUGGUGAGUAUGCCCACUGCCUCCUUCCACCUUUGGAGUCGCUUGCUACAGUUGAGGAGACAGUAGUCCGUGAUAAGGCAGUGGCAUCAUUAAGAGCUGUAGCGGCCCACCAUUCACCUCAGGCUCUGGAGCAGCACUUUGUGCCAUUAGUGCAACGGCUUGCUGGAGGAGACUGGUUCACCUCAAGAGCUUCAGCCUGUGGACUCUUCAGUGUAUGCUACACACGCGUCUCUGCCCCUGUAAAAGCGGAACUUCGCCAACAUUUCCGUACAUUAUGUCAAGAUGACACUCCGAUGGUACGUCGUGCUGCAGCAUACAAGCUCGGAGAAUUUGCGCGCGUCGUCGAAGUCGAAUAUGUCAAGAGUGACCUCAUCCCAAUGUUUGUAACGUUAGCUGAAGAUGAGCAAGACUCGGUGCGCCUCCUAGCAGCCGAAGCUUGCGCGGCUGUAGCAGCGCUGCUGCCUCCCGAGGAUAUGGAGCAGCUGGUGAUGCCGACAGUACGCGGCCGAGCUGGAGAUACCUCGUGGCGAGUGCGAUACAUGGUUGCCGAUAAGUUUGUAGAGCUACAACAAGCGGUAGGCCCAGAACUAGCCCGCACCGAUUUGGCACAGAUCUUCCAAGCUCUGUUGAAAGACACAGAGGCCGAAGUACGAGCAGCAGCCGCCGGCAAAGUAAAAGACUUCUGUAUGAACUUGGACAAGGCACACCAAGAGCACAUCAUCAUGACUAUGAUCCUGCCACAGAUCAAGAAUCUGGUCUGCGAUCCCAACCAACAUGUCAAAUCUGCUCUUGCUUCAGUCAUCAUGGGCCUUAGUCCCAUAGUCGGCAGGCAGAAUACCAUAGAACACCUCCUCCCAUUAUUCUUGACUCAGCUCAAAGAUGAAUGCCCUGAAGUCAGAUUGAACAUCAUCUCGAAUUUGGAAUGUGUCAACGAAGUAAUUGGCAUACAACAACUAGUACAAUCUCUGCUACCUGCUAUAGUUGAGUUAGCUGAAGACACUAAAUGGAGAGUUCGACUUGCCAUUAUAGAACUGAUGCCUCUACUAGCUGGGCAAUUAGGACAAGAGUUCUUCGACGAGAAACUCACGGGACUGUGCAUGUCGUGGCUUAUAGAUCAUGUUUACGCUAUACGCGAAGCUGCUACUCUGAACUUGAAGAAACUGGUGGAACAAUACGGAUCUCAGUGGGCUGAAACUAAUGUCAUUCCUAAAGUUCUCGCGAUGUCCCGUGAACAGAACUACCUACACAGAAUGACGUAUUUGUUCUGCAUAAACGUCUUAUCCGAAGUAUGCGGCAAAGAUGUCACAACUAGAGUAUUAUUGCCCACCGUCUUGUCUAUGGCUGAUGACAAUGUUGCCAAUGUGAGAUUCAACGUCGCUAAAACACUCCAAAAGAUGGCGCCUUUCUUAGAUCCAGCGGUGAUACAGCCUCAAGUAAAGCCGGUGUUGGAGAAAUUGAAUGUAGACCCAGAUGUGGACGUUAAGUACUUUGCGUCCGAAGCUAUAGUGGGCAUUGCCGGUUAGGCUGGUUUAACUAAUAAACGCAUUUGUGUAUCCAUAAAUUAAUUAAUACUUUAGAAUCUACUCCUGAACAAAAAAAAUGGAAACCAUCACAUUUUAUGCCUUUAUUUUGUAUAAGUAUUUGGCACCAAAUUUUAAUGUCAUUAGAUUCUCUAUGGUACUGCAACAAAUCAUUGGAUAUUGCUCUCCUCACCAUAAAAAUAUAAUGGAAUCAAUGUGUAUCCAUUACAUAUAUAGAGAUUUUUUAUUUCUUUUUACAAUGAUCCAUUUUCCAUCGUCAUUGUUCAAAAUUGACUUACAAAUAGACAUGCAUUUUGGAAAAAUAUGCACGUGUUUUACAUUCGUCUUUUUUUAUAAUCGUAAGAAUCAUUUUACCCGCAAGGAAAAUAAACUUUCUUCAAGUAUUAUUAAACCACUUAUUGCAUAUUCCAAGAUGCACCUCUUUUUCUUAACGCAGGGGAAAUGCAAUCUUAGCCUUAAACCAAGGCUUUCCGACCCCACACCCGUCCUGAAAAGGACAGGCUUAUGCGAGACUCUCCCGGGGGGUGGGGAAAGGACCCGGGAUCGGCAAGGAGCCCGCCGGGUCCAGCCCACCCCAAGAUCCACCUUUAACUAAUUGAUACAGAGAAUGGUUUCAAAGCAUUUCGUAUUGUUAAAUAAGUUAAAUAUAUAGGUAU